AAAUUGAGCGUGCAGCCAGCGUUCCGCCCUUUCUACGUUGGGCCGGUUACCCACCCGGCCCAGUGCGCAGGCGCGGGAAAGUUGAACUAAGAAAGUUUGUACGAGUUGAGUGAAGAAGGCGACAAGUUGAGUGGAGGUGGCGGCGGUGGGGCCCCGAACCAGGAGUCGGAGAUUUGGAAAUACACCUCCCAGCAGGCUGCGCGGCCAAGAAGCGCGGACCGAGGAGAAGAUUUGCCCUAAAGCCUGCUGGGAUUGGUAGUUCCCGAUGCUUUAAGGGUUUCAGUAGUUCGGCAUAUACCUCUUUCAGAAUCCAGGAGUUGGGGCGCUAAGCCCCUACUCCCUGGGAGACAUAAGGGUCUGGAGCUCCAGUUCCUUUCUCUCUGAGACUUAGGAAUCUAGGACCCUAGCUCCAUCCUCCUUUAGACCCACGCACGAAUCUGGGCACCCACCCCCCACCUUUCCUUGGAUUAAAGAGUCUGUCCUGUUCCCUCUUCUGUCUCAGGACUCAAGAGUCUAAGCCCCCAGACCCACACUCUCCAAAGGACCCAGGAGUCCAAGCCCUCAGCACCUUCCUUGGGACUCACAAGUCCUGGCCCCCAAGCCUCCACUUCUCGAUAAAUCCUUGGAGUCCAGUCCCUAGCCCCCUCUCUCAUAGGUGCCUCCAUGGCAGGCUCAGAAGAGCUGGGUCUCCGGGAAGACACGCUGAGGGUCCUAGCUGCCUUCCUUAGGCGUGGUGAGACUGCCGGGUCUCCUGUUGUAACUCCACCCAGAAGCCCUGCCCCAGAAGAGCCAACAGACUUCCUGAGCCGCCUUCGAAGAUGUCUUCCCUGCUCCCUGGGGCGAGGAGCAGCACCCCCUCAGUCCCCUCGGCCUUCCUCUCUGCCCAUCCGCCCCUGCUAUGGUUCAGAGCCUGGCCCAGCUACUCCAGACUUUUAUGCCUUGGUGGCCCAGCGGCUAGAACAGCUGGUUGAAGAGCAACUGAAAUCUCCAUCUAGCCCAGAAUUACAGGGUCCCCCACUCACAGAGAAGGAAGCCCUGCUGCGGAGGCUGGUGGCCCUGCUGGAGGAGGAGGCAGAAGUCAUUAACCAAAAGCUGGCCUCGGACCCCGCCCUGCGCAGCAAGCUGGUCCGUCUGUCCUCCGGCUCUUUCACUCGCCUGGUGGAGCUGUUCUGCAGCCGGGAGGACGGAUCUCGCCCAAGCCCAGCAUGCCCUGGGCCCCCGCCUCCUUCUCCGGAGCCCCUGGCCCGCCUGGCCCUGGCCAUGGAGCUGAGCCGGCGCGUGGCCGGGCUGGGGGGCACCCUGGCUGGACUCAGCGUGGAGCACGUGCACAGCUUCACGCCCUGGAUCCAGGCCCAGGGGGGCUGGGAGGGCAUCCUGGCCAUUUCACCUGUGGACUUGAACUUGCCAUUGGACUGAGCUCUUACGCAGACGCUACUACAAGAUUACACCUCAUGUCCCUUCCCUCUGCCUGUGCUUUUCCAAGCCUUCCUGUUCCACUCAGGACUGUGGGGUGGUGGUUGCCAUACCUGUUUUUGCCAAAAAUAAAUUGUUUAAAACUUUUCGUAUUAAAAGCUUUACAAAGUA